ACAAAACUAAAAGAAGUGGGAGAGACAAGUGAGAAGCAGUGCGCGUGCAUUGGUUGAAUAAUUAGAUGAUUGCGUCACGUGUACAAAUUUCAUCAUCAAGUUAGAGAGAGGCAGACGAAGCUCCCGCGACCGCAACAACGUAUUUCUGUUUCUCUGGGUAGAACUGAACUGAGAUCAAAUCAUGCACCCAUUACUUCCCUCAAAUUAGGACCAAAUAUAGUAUUUGCAGAUCAAUGGAUCUAGGGAAUGAGGUGCAGAAGAUUCUAAGCUGGACAUCUGUGUGUGGUAACCUUGGUCUUCAUUUGAUCUGGCUUAUCCUACACUUGAUCAUCAAUGUUUGGUACUCUGUAUUGGGUAUAGCUCAUAAAGUGGAGAGUACCCUCAUUUCUAGCCGGCUGCUAAAGAGUUACAAUGCCAUUAACAUUAAUAAAGUGCGAUACCUGGCUGUUGUGAUUGAAAGCGAAGAAGCUCGCCAAACUUCAAAAGUUCUUGAAUUAUUGCAUUGGCUUGCAUCUAUUGGUAUAAAAAGCAUCUGCCUCUAUGAUAGAGAAGGAGUGCUGAAAAAUUCCCAGGAAGCCAUUAUAGAAGGAUUGAACAAGUCCCAGGAAUCCAUCAUAGAAGGAUCGGAUCAUGGAACCUUGCCUGAGCAUGUAGAUCUGGAGUUUGUCUCUUUUGCUGAUUCAAAACCUGCCGUGGCCAAAGCAGCUAAUUUACUUUUUGUCAAGCAUUACGCCAGCACUAAACCAGGAAAACCGAAUAUUACAGAGUCUGACAUGUCUGAGGCUCUACAAGCAGCAGGUUAUGGGGGACGAGAGCCUGAUCUUUUAUUAGUUUAUGGUCCUGUGAGAUGUCACAUGGGGUUCCCAGCAUGGAGAAUCCGAUACACUGAGAUUGUACAUAUGGGGCCCUUGAAGUCCAUGAAAUUUGGGUCCCUCAUAAAAGCCAUCCAUAAAUUCACAAAGGUGCAUCAAAACUAUGGCCAAUGAACACUUGAAGAUGGAGUGAUUUUUUCUCAGUACGAGAUUGUUGCGCUUCUCAGCAUUUACAACAUGCAGUCAGCUUCGUCUUAUAUAUUUAUAUUAUUCCAAGAUUUCAUGCAAAAUAUGUGGCGGCAAAUCUUAAUUCUAAUAACAAAUACCCCUUUGUGCAAUCUCUCUCUCUCACACACACACACACACUUGUGUGUGUGCAUUGUUAUAACUUAUUAGUUAGAGAUGCCUCUUCAUGAGAUUCUCCUUUUGUGAAAGUCACAGUCUCACAGAUGAACUUAUGGUAUUUGUCAUCAAUGGGAGAAAAGCUAAAAAGAUUGCUGUAAUGGCAAUGAUAGAUGCCAGAUCUCUAACUUCUCGUAUACACAAGACUAUAUUAACUUACUAUGCUUAAAUGAUAUAUAGAAGUGAGAAUAUGUAUAUAUUAACUAUGGUUUAGUGAUAACAAUGUAUGUGUAGGUACACGUUAUGUAUUCAUUAGAUUAGCAUAAACGAGUGUUGAUAUUCUA